GCUCUGGGCUUGCCGCCUUUUUCCUUCUCCCACGACGACCCACCCCAAGAGGCCCAGACGGGAGACGGCUUGCCGCCUCUUCUCCUUCCCGCUCCGCGCCAUCCACCUCCCCCUCCUCUCCCUCCCCUCCGCCGCCGCCUGGCAGCUUCCGCAUCGGGGGGAAGCGCGGUAGCAGCGCUGGUCUGUCCAACUCGAGGUGGUGUUAUCCCCAAGAUCGAGAAGGUGCAUUUGGGGUGGUGUUUCCGCUCGGAGAUGGUCAGAGGGACAUCGACCCGGCAAUACUGUUUCUAGAACCAAAUGUAGGUGAUUGGAGAGAUUCAUCAGUGAUUGCUUUAGACUAGACUGUACUGGGGAUUUAUUGGUGUUUAUAAGGAUGGAUGGUGCUGUUCGAGGGCAGGGAUGCGUGGGGAGGCUCAGGAGCUUCAACAAAACGAAAAAGAAGAACCGGAACUGCAGUGAUGACAUGCGAAAUGGUGAUGACGAAGAGAAGAAGUACAGUCAUCACGACAUGAAGAACAACUUGCGAAAUGAUGCCAACGAAGAGAAGAGGAAGAGCAGCGAUGACAUGCGAGAUGGUGAUUUCGAAGAGAAGAAGAAGUGCAGUCGUCACGACAUGAAGAAGAACUUGCGAAAUGAUGCCAACGAAGAGAAGAGGAAGAGCAGCGAUGACAUGCGAGAUGGUGAUGACGAAGAGAAGAAGUGCAGUCGUCAAGACAUGAAGAAGAACCUGCGAAAUGAUGCCGACGAAGAGAAGAGGAAGAGCAGUGAUGACAUGCGAGAUGGUGAUGACGAAGAGAAGAAGAAGCGCAGUCGUCAUGACAUGAAGAAGAACUCGCGAAAUGAUGCCGAUGAAGAGAAGAGGAAGAGGAAGAGGAAGUGCAGUGAUGACCUGAAGAAGAGUGUGGUAAACGAUGCCAGCAAAGAGGCGACGUCACACAGUGACUGGAGAAAGAAUAGGAAGGCUGGAAGCGAUGCUGAGCAAAGGGGGAAGAAGUUGUUGAAUGGCGACAAGAAGGCUAAGAGUAGGAAGGUGACCACUCCAUUCUUUGAAAAGAUGCGGAAAAUAAAAAUGCAGCGCACGAGCAACCAGAAUGGUGAGAAGAAUAUGAAGAGUGACGGUGACAGCUAUAAGAAGACAGUGCCGCUCUCAGUCAACAAGGGUAAGAUGGAGAAAGAUGGAACGAACAAGAGGACUUUGUCUAAUACACUUGUUGCAAAGGAGAGGAAAAUGCGACCUAGUGACAGUAUGGAGAUGAAGAUGAAGAAAAAGAAGCGGGAUGCAUCAUUCGUUCAACCUGAUGAGAGGACAGCUCAGACAUUUAGCACUAAAAACAAGGAAAAGAAGAGGAAGGCGCCAUCUACACCAUUGAAGAGGGAGCAGAAGGAGCGAGUGGCUAGCAGUGACAAUAAAAAGGAGACGAAGAAGGCUUGUAUUGUUGCUAUAGGAAAUGAGAAAAAAAAUUGUAGGGAUGGCAAGAAGAAGAAAAGGAAAGCAGCCUUCGCAUUCUUCAAAUUUGUGCGCGACGAGUUCGAGGAAUUACUGUUCAUACCACCAGCAGUUGCACCCAGCCUUAAGGAUUUAAUUGAUCGCCAUGUAUAUCUUGAAGACUCAGAGGGGAAGUGUUCAAAGAUCAGGCUAUCGGUGGUGGAUGGUUCCCUAGCUUUUUAUGAGGGAUGGAACAGUUUCGUUUCAGAACAUUGUAUUAAGUGGGGUGAAUUUCUAUUAUUUGAGUACACACCAGAAUCAACAUUUUCUGUGCGGGUGUUUGGUAUUGAUUCUUGUGAAAGACUACAUUUCAGUGUCAAAAGCGGAGGAAAAGGUGCUGUGAAGAAAAGGAAAGAAAGGCAUACAUUAUCUGAUGAUUUGAUAUCACAUUAUAAUGGUCAGUAUCAGGACUCUGAAGACAUACACGAUGGCCCCAAUGUUUCUGGUGAAUCUCCUAGGAGCAAAGAGCCCAAAAUAACAGUUGAUGCUGAGAUUGGUACCAGGAAUCUAGUUGCUAAAUCUAUAAAUGCAGCUUCCGAAACACAAGACUCUGAAAGAGUUGAAAGUGGGAUUGGAUAUGGAUCCUUAGGGGCACUAGGUAAUAAGGUUAGAAAUUUAAGCAAUGGGGAGUGUGAUACAAGGAGUGACUCUGUGUUCUGUAUCCAAGAAAAAACAAGAAGAUCUGAGGUUAUUAUAAUAAGUGAUGAAGCUUAUUCAACACAAGUAGACGAGGAUACCAUGAAGCAAACAGCACCAAGUGAAGCUUCAGAAAUACAUCAUGUGACUAUCAAUACACAAAAAGACCUUGAAAGAGUUGUAGAUGGUGUUUGUUGUGAAUCCUCAGUAGCACUAAACAAUAAGAUGGGAAAUUUGAUCCUUGGAGAGCCCAAAAACAAGAAUAUUUCACCAGCAUGUAGCACAGAAAAAACAAAUGGAUCUGAAAUAACUCCAACCACCGGUGUAAUUCCUUUAACACAAGAAAAUAUUGAUACGGUGAAGUUAAAUACACUUUCUUGCUUCGAGGAAGACAGAAGCACAACAAGAGAAUCUGAACUUGCUGCUGCUAUUCCAACAACAUCAGAAACUCAUGAUUCAGAUAAAGAUUUAGGACAGAAACAUCAAAGGAAUUCCGUUCAAGUAAAUUCUAUCAUAGCUGUUGAUAAAUAUCCUAAUGAUAGUGAGAUGAAUAUUAGUGGAAAUAUUUUCAGAAUAUAUGAAGCUCCAGCGGGUACUCGGUGCUUGGAGAAGUGGAAAAGGGGUAUUGUGAACGGUCGAGCAGCUCUUGAUGACAUUGGACAGGUUAGACCUGAAAAAACACAAAAAGCUGGAGAGAAGUUAGUUGGUAAUUGUGGUGCAAUGGGAGAAAGUCCAGUUGAUCUACGGAUAGAGUCUGAUGUUACUGAUACCUGCCUCAAACCAAUUCUCAACAUACCUAUUGAAGAACUCUCGAUUCUUGAUAGCGUAUCAAUAUCCAAAUGCGGACGUAGCAGGACAGAGGUCAACCAUUUGUUCAAUCAAAAAGGAGCUACUGUUCAACUGCAAACAAAAAAGGAGCCAUUGAAACCAACUGGUAGCAGCGGAAAUAGAAAGGGGGACAAAAUUGCAGUGUCUGUCAACCGUGUAUUUGCUCAUCAAUCAGAACUUCAGAUCCCCCAGCAGGAAAAUGGAAAUUUUACCAGUUGUGUAACCCCAGUGGCUCUGCUGCCUGCUAAGGCUGAACUCCUGGAUCUGGAUGAUCAUUCCCUUCAAUUCUGCAUCCCUUCUACCAUUCAGAAAUGGCUUGAGUUGCCCAAAUCGCUUCCAAUCACUUGUCGGCAAAAAGGAAGGUAUGACCGGAACGUCGUAAUCCUCAAGGAUCCCAUGAGGAGGCUAUGGCCGGUCUUCUACCAUGACAAACCGGUCUUCGUAGGCUUCACCGCGGGCUGGAAACCUUUUGCUGCAGCAAACAACCUCCAGGCUGGGGAUGUCUGCAAGUUUGUGAAAGAGAUGGACGAAGAUGAGCUUGCGUUCCAGGUUUAUAUCACAAGAAAGUGAUGGCAAGUGCUCUAGCUGGGUGCACCAUCUUCAGUAGAACAUGGCUGCUCUGCUCCCUCUGUAAAUAUAAUCUUAGGCAUCAGGAACUAUGGCUUUUCUUUUGGUUGCAACGACAACAAUGUGCUGGCUGGCCACCAGGUUGUGUGAAAGCCGCGGUUCUAGGCGCCCUCCACUACUGACGAGAUGAUGGUUCUUUUUGGGUUGGCUGUUGUGCUGCAUACUUGUCCUGACCAAUUGGUGUAAUGUAUAUAUAUAGCCUUGCCGUCCAAGACGACAAGCUGACAAUAUUGUGGACUUCAACAAUGCAAAGGUCAAGGCAUUGAACUUGUGUUGAAUACUUGAAUAAGAUGUUGGCACUUUGGAACCA